GUGAUAGUGCAGUUCGUUGUUGUUUACCUUUUCAAAUCUUUUUAUCACGAAAUUUGGCGGAAAUUGGCUGUUUCAUUUCAUUUUCAUUUCGAAAUUAAUUCGUUAUAAUUUAGUUAACUGUUUAUUGUCUUGUGUAGUUUUAAUUUGAAAUGGCUCAUAAUCAAGCGGACGACGUCGUUAUUCCUGAAGUGAUAAUAGACACCAGCACGAAUUCGAAAUAUGCCCGGGGAAAGUUCUAUGGCAAGGAAGGUUUCGCGAAAUGUUACGCAAUCAAAGAUAUGGCUACCGGUCGCAAGUACGCUGGAAAAAUCGUAUCGAAAAAGUUGCUAAUGUCAAAUCAUAAAGUGAAAAUCGCCAGGGAAAUGAUCAUCCACAAAAGCGUCAAUCACAAACAUAUCGUCGGUAUACACGGCUUCUUCGAAGAUGAUGAAUUCUUCUACGUAGUAUUAGAAUUGUGUCGUAGAAGAUCGCUUAUGGAAUUACACAAACGCCGAAAAGCUUUAACCGAACCGGAAACCAGAUACUAUAUGAAACAGGUACUGGACGGUGUGCUGUAUUUACACGAUAAUGGAAUUAUUCAUAGAGAUUUAAAACUAAGUAACUUAUUCUUAAACGACGAUAUGGAUGUGAAAAUCGGCUGUUUUGGACUCGCAACGAAAAUCGAAUACGAAAAUAUCAAUUUCAUGGCGCGAGAAACCAUCAAUAAGAUGGGACCCGGUUUUGCAGUUGAUAUUUGGUCUCUCGGUUGUAUUAUGUACACAUUACUCGUUGGCAAGCCUCCUUUCGAAACGAAUUCUGUAGUCGAAACCUACGAACGUAUUAAACGCUGCGAUUACAAAAUCCCCACUCAAAUCAAAGCUCCUGCUGCCAAUCUAAUCACCUCCAUGUUAUUACCAGAUCCGGAGAAAAGACCGACAGUCAGAAAAAUCAUCAGCUCUGAUUUUUUCAAUGGUUAUAUACCUUCAAAACUGCCGCUUUCGUGCUUAACUGUUGCUCCAAGAUUACAAUCUAUGGAUGUUGAAGAACACGUUUCAUUGGGUCGCAGACCGUUGGCUGAAGUCAAUAAUGGAGGUAAAAACAGUCCAGCAUAUUAUAAUGAUCACCUUAGAACGUUGCACAGCCAAUUACAGAAAGUUUUGACCAACAAACCAUCGCGUCUACAAAGUGACGCUGAGGAAAUAACCGAUCCUGCUGCUCAACCGUUCAUCUGGAUUAGUGAUUGGGCCGACCGUACCGAAUCGUUCGGUCAUUUCUGUUACCGAUUGUGCGAUAGCGGAGUAGGCAUCAUGUUCGACGAUGAAAGUCGUAUUGUGCAGUUGGCCAAUCAAAAGAAUGUGCAUUACAUCGAAAGAGACGGAACCGAGAAUUACUACACGAUGGAUAAUACGCCGCUCUAUUUAAAGGAAAAAAUGAAAUUUCUGUCGGAUUUCCGAAAACACACGAAGGAACAGUUCACGAAAGCCGGACUCUCGCCCGCCUUCGUCCGAGUACAAGAGUCAGAUUCUCUCAGCCGUGUACCCUAUUUGCACCGAUGGCACAGAACCACAUCCACUGUAAUUAUGCAAUUGACCAAUGGCACGGUACAGAUGAACUUCAACGAUCGUCACACCUCAAUAAUCAUGUGUCCUCUGAUGGCAGCUGUCACCUACAUCGACACCGAGAAAAAUUUCCAUACGUAUAGAUUUUCGACGAUUAUGAAAAACGUUUGUAACCCAGCUCUCCUGUCGUGUUUGGAUUACGCAGCUUCCAAAAUCGAAAAUUUACUCAGAAGCCAAUAAUAUUAUGUGUUCCUUGAAACUUGAAAGUCGUUCGUUGUAAAACAUUCCGAAUAGAGGCGGUACCUUGUUCUGUCCUUUUACUCCUUGACUGCCUAUUUUAGUACGAAAAAAAUUAAUUUUAUCUAAUUUUAUAAUUUUUCAACGUUUAUCUCGUACGUAUUAGAAAUUAAUUCAGUUGAAGAAGAUUUUUUUAAUGUGUUUUUUUUAAUCACUGAAUUAUACUUUUAAAAACUAAACGUUUAUGUCGGUUAAAAUUGAAAUUCCUUAUGGAUUUGUUUCUUGAAUCGUCCCAGUUCCCAAUUUUGCUUUUAUUACUAGUCAAUCUUUUUACGUUUACAAUUAUUUCCUAGGCUUAAAAUGCAAUGUUCAUGCCUAGACAUACUACACUGUGAUAUUCGUUUUUCUAUUUUAGCAUGAGACUGUUUAGUCAAAUCAACCGUACCUUUUUGCAGUCUUUUUUUUACUCUUAUUUUUUUCAGUACUAUUUUUAUGAUUAUCUUUUCUACUUAUGUGUAAUGAACUUAGUGUAUCAGUAACCGAACAGUGUGAAGAAAGUAGUUACCUGUUAUUUUUAGUCCUUGCAUUUUUUAAAAAAAUAAUAUAGUCUUAUCGUAUCGAG